AUGGUUCGCCUCUCAUUCAUCUCUCUCCUGACCGUGGCCUUGGCCGCCAAUGCCCAACUCAGGACGGGCCGGACAAGUCGGAGAAAUGUCCACGGCGGCGCUCAGCUAAGCAACCGAGGAGUCGCCGACGUGCCCUCCCCAAACGCUGCUGGGGACGCCCUGGGUGCCGGCGUGGCCCCCAAGGGAGUCGAUGUCGAUAAUGAGGUUGCUGGCGCUCAUGAGAACCAUCGGCGCGCCAAGAAGGGCAAGAAGGGCAAGAAGGGCAAGAAGGCGAAGAAGGCUGCCGCCGGUGCCGACGCUGCCGACGCUGCCGCCGACAAGGGCGCUGCAUCCGCUGGCGGAACAGCCAACCAGGCUGGUGGCCGAGCCAACGCUGCCGCCGGCCAAGGUAGCCAGACCACCGCCGCCCUCCUGGCCAGCCAAACCACCGGUGUCGGACAGGGCGCUGGCGCCGCUCAAGGCCUCGGCGCGGGCCAGCAAGCCGCCGGUGCCGCCAACCAGGCUGCUGGUAAUCAAGCUGCCGGUGUUGGCGUUGGUAACCAAGCUGCCAGUGCCGGUGUCGGUGUCGGUGCUGGUGCCCAGGGUGCCGGAAAUCAGGCAGCUGGCGCCGGAAACCAAGCUGCAAGUAACCAAGCUGCCAGUGUUGGCACCGGUAACCAAGCUGCUAGUGUUGGCACCGGUAACCAAGCUGCUAGUGUUAUUGCCGGUAACCAAGCUGCCGGUAGUCAAGCUUCCAGUAUUAACGCCGGCAACCAAGCUGCCGGUAACCAGGCUACCGGAAAUCCAUUUGCCGGUAGUCAAUCUGCCGGAAAUCAAGCUGCCAGUAUCAGCGCCGGCAACCAAGCUACUGGUGCCGGCGUCGGUGCCGGUAACCAAGCUGCCGACCAAGCUGCCGGAGAUCAAGUUUCUGGUAACCAAAUUGCCGGUAGUGAAUCUGCCGGAAAUCAAGCUGCCAAUGUCGGCGCCGGUGCCAGAGGUGCCGGAAACCAGGCAACUGGCAAUCAAGCUGCCGGUGCCGCCGAUGACGACGACGACGACGAAAACUAA